AUGGAUACCGAAGAAACCCUCCAGCAGCGCCGGAGGCGGCUCGCACAGGUUUCCCGAGCGGGCCGCCCCUCGUAUCUCCGAGACUCUGAAGUGGAUGUUUGGCAUCCUAGAAGCUCCCCAGACUCUGAUGUUGGGCCUUGGGAUCAACUUUUGAUCAUGGCUGUCAAAUUUGCUAAACUCCAGGGUCAAGUUUAUGACCAGCUUUACUCGGCCGCAGCACGGAAUGCUCACCCGGUUCAACAAGCUGAAACGAUCCAACAAUUUUCGGCCAAGCUGCAAUCCUGGUAUACUGGGCUCCGCGAGAAGAGCUGGGACAUCAUGUACUAUUCCACAAUGACCUUGAUCCUGAUUAAAGCACCACCAACCGAGGAGGAAGCUGGUGUUAGUCAAACGUGCCUUGAGGCUGCCCGAGUUGGUUUGCGGUGUCACCUUGCAUGCUUUUCUAGUUACCAGAUAGCCGACAGCCCUGGACAGGUGUCAGAGGGCGAAUAUGCAAGCUGGGUUCUACAUCAGUCAUCGUUAAACCCGUUCAUUGCUGUUUUCCUCCACGCUAUCGCGGCUGACAGCUUGGAGGAUCUCUGCCCGCUAGACGACGUCGUGGCGGUUUUGCAAAAGGUUUCUGUCGUGUCCAACAGUUGCCAAGCUCUUUUCAAGGUCUGUUCCACAUUCGCUCGCCUCGGUCGGGCUCUAGUGAUGGAUGAUACGAGGUUGGAAAACCCAGAAGGAGGGCUGCAACUCUCUAAUGACCCCAACCCAGGUCCUCAAUCUGGGCCGGAGACUUUUGAGGGGAUUUUUGGAGAGGGCAUGAAAAAUGGCUUUAAAAUUCCCUAG